AAUAGAUUUUAUGUAAUUCAUAUUGACGCCAUUUUGUUAUCACCUUUUUUUCUCUCAUUUUUAUUCGACUGUUUUUCUUGAAUGUGUUUUCUUGUUUUUCUCUUGCUGCUACUGAUUGAAAAAAAAGAUUUUGCGUGAAAAAGAAUAACCUUAACGGACAGUCUCCUAUCAGAGGAUUAGAAACAUUCUUUUACUUGUUGUCUUCACAACAACAUCAACAUUUCUCUCUCAUUCUUUAUCACCGUUAAUCUCAUCUCAUUUAUUUACUUUCAACAAUUAAUCAACUAUUUACAUUCAACUCUUGUCAACAAGUGAAAAAGUAUCAACAUCAACCAGUGUUUCCUUUAUCAGUGAGAGUUUCAAUUAUCUUACCAAUUGUGAUCUAAUUGUUAUUUCUUUGGUCAUUCAUCUAAUCUUAUUUUCGCUUUUUUCAAUCUUCGAAUUUUAAUUGUCCAAAGCUUGUUUUUAAUUCCAUUUGGAUGGAUUACUAAAUAAUGGGCCGGAAAAGGACGAACCCGAAUCUCAAUUACGUCUAAAUUAAAUCAAGGGUCGAGAUUUUUUCUGUAUGAUAAAAUGUAGUUACUUGUUAAGCUUUAAUAUACAAUUUUAAUUAACCAUUAUAAUCAAAAUGUCCGCUGAAGAUGGUGUACAAGAUUUAACUGCUCUAUCAAACAUUGAUGAGCAUGGAAUCAACACAAAUCUUCGUGUUAGAUAUAAAAAUGAUAAAAUAUAUACUUAUACUGGAACCAUCUUAGUAGCUGUAAAUCCAUAUAAAGAACUGCCCAUUUACGAAACUGAUUGGGUGUUUCUUUAUAAUGGGCAAGGUCAAAAAAUGUCAAGCCAAGAACCUCAUAUAUUUGCUAUUGCAGAAGCAGCUUACAGUAGUUUACAAACUGACAACACUAAUCAAGCUUGUGUAAUUAGUGGUGAAUCGGGUGCUGGUAAAACUGAAUCAACGAAAUUUAUUCUUCAAUAUUUGUGUACAAUAACAUCAAGUUCAUCAACAAUGAUGGAACAUCAAAUUCUUGAAGCUAAUACGAUUCUUGAAGCUUUUGGAAAUGCUAAAACGGUUCGAAAUGAUAAUUCCUCCCGUUUUGGUAAAUUUAUUCAAGUUUGUUUUGACCGUCGAUGCCAAAUAAAAGGAUGUAUAAUCCAAGAUUACCUGUUAGAACAAUCGAGAUUAAAUUUCCAAUCAAAAGGUGAAAGAAACUACCACGUCUUCUAUCAGCUGGUCGCCGCUGCAGCAAAUAAUCAUGAGAUACGAAACCAAUUUCUAGUCGAGAAAGCAGAAAAUUAUGCUUACUUAAGUCAAAGUGGUUGUUAUCGGAUCGAUGGGGUUGAUGAUAAUGCGGCUUUUGAAUCAUUACGAUUGGCAAUGUCGGUGCUUUAUAUGCCCACCGAAAUGUGUGAUGGCAUUUUCUCGGUGCUCAGUGCAAUCCUUUGGUUGGGAAAUAUAAUGUUCGAGGAUUAUCAAGACGGUGAAAGGUGUAAAUUAAAAGCAGAGGAUGAAGAGAUUCUCGCAACUGUAGCGACUCUUCUUGGACUGGACGCUGUUCGUCUUACACAGGCUACUCUUCAACGGCAGAUUAAUGUUCGUGGCAAUAUAACAGAGAUACCAUUCAAGGUACAUGAGGCGAGAGAGAAUCGUCAUGCUAUGGCGAAAGCUCUUUACUCGCGAACAUUUUCCUGGAUAGUAAAUUACAUUAAUACUUGUACAGCUCCAGGAAAAGAUAGUCAGACAAGAUUUUUGGGAGUACUUGAUAUCUUUGGAUUCGAAAACUUCGCUACCAACAGUUUCGAGCAAUUAUGCAUUAAUUAUGCAAACGAAAAACUUCACCGAUUCUUCAAUCAUUAUGUGUUUGCUUUAGAACAAGAAAUGUAUCGACAAGAGGGAAUUAACUUUUCACACAUAAACUUCACCGAUAAUACUCCUUGUCUAGAAUUAUUGGAAAAACCUCCUAAAUGUAUUUUCCGUCUUUUAACGGAAGAGUGUCGAGUACCAAAAGGAAGUGAUACCAGUUAUGUAAAUAAAUUACACUCCGAAUUUGAAUCGCAUCCUUGUUACGUUCGUGGGGAUGAUCGUCGCAAUUGGAGUCAACAAUUUGGAAUCAAACAUUACGCUGGUCAAGUUAUCUACAAAGUCGACGGAUUUUUGGACAAAAGUAAAGAUGUGCAACAAGAUCAACUUUUUGACCUCAUGUCAGGAUCAAAAAAUGUUUUCAUCAAAGAUUUGGUCCAAUUCCAGGAUUUAAUUGGUAUAUCAACAUCAAGAAUAGGACCUGGUGGAUCAACUUUACCUCGUCCAUGUAGUGCUCAAAAUUCAACGACCUCUAAAGGUCGACCAACUGUAGCUGAUGCCUUUCGAUUACAAUUAACUGCAUUAGUUGAUGUACUUCAUUCAACUAAUCCAUGGUAUGUUCGUUGUAUUAAACCAAAUAUGAAAAAAUCAGCUGAUUGUUAUGAUAGUGAGCAAGUUUUAACGCAACUUCAAUACCUUGGGAUGUUGGAUAUCAUAAGGAUAAGACGUGAGGGUUACCCGAUACAUUUUACCUUCGAAGAUUUUGUUACCAGAUACAAAUGUGUUCUGAAAAGAGUCAAGUUACAUGGUGAUAAAUCUAAAUUAUGUGUUGAUAUAUUGAAAGGAUUAUCUUUACCAGAAGAUGAAUGGCAGAUUGGAAUCAAUAGAGUUUUCCUAAAAGCGAUUGUAUAUGAGCUAUUAGAUGAACAGAGAACUUUAAUUCUCAAUCAAAUGGCUGUAAUUAUUCAGUCAAAUUGGAAAGGCUACAAAUAUUCUAAAGAAUAUUUAAUCAUGAGAAAUUCAGCAAUCACCAUUCAACGUUACUUCCGUGGUCAUCGGCAGUGUUUAGCUUUCAUGAGAAAGAGACGAGCAGCGGUCACCAUUCAAUCCUAUGUUCGUGGUAUGUUUGACCGGGAGGUCGCUGCUGCUUUGAGACAAAUGAAAAGAGUUGAAGCGGAUAUGAGGGAAAAGGAAAUAGAAGAACAAGAGAGAAAAAUUUUCGAGCAAAAGAAACUCAAAGAAAAUGAAUCAAAUGUAAAUCAUAAUAAACAAUCAUUUCCCAAUGGAAUCAAUCAGUCCAAUGAUGGCGAUGAUAAUAACAACAAUAACAACAACAGGAACAACAAUGAAAUCAACAAAACUGAUCUAGAUGAAUCUUUAUUCAAAUUAUUGGAGGAACGUUAUGGAUUGGCACAAACUGAGAUUGAAAAUAUCACUCAAAUGAUGGAGCAAAGUGGUUUACUUAACAAAAAUUUAUCUAAUGAUUAUUCAUCAAUUGGAUCAGCGAUCUCGACUGGUACUUUGGGGUCAAAUGGUUCUGAAAGUAAUUACGUUGAUUUGGACAAGAUGUUUGCAUUUUUAACGGAAUUAACUGAACGAGAUGGUAAAGCAAGUGCUGAAGAGAUAAAUCGACAGUUUGAUAAAUUGAUCGAAAAUGCGGAAGCUCAUAUAACGGAACUUGAAAAUCUAAAGAUAGACAAAGGAAGUGAUUUACCUCCACCACCUCCUAUUCCACCGCCACCACCGCCCAUUCCAGCAAGUUUCAAUCAAUUUGAACCCCCACCACCUCCUCCGCCUCCACCGCCAAUGAGUACAAUACCUAAACCAACCCAAGAAGUUGCACCAACAUCAAUUAACGGUUUUCCUCUUGACAAAAGUCAACCAGUUGAUGAUCAGCAAAUUUAUGCCCCAUUGCCCAACGGAAUACCUUUAGGCUAUCCCAAAGACCCUAAUGGGUAUCCUAAUAUGAACGGAGUUUUAACCAGAAAGGAUCAACUUACUCAACAACAAUCUUCACCUUUCCAUCACCAACAACAUCAAUUACAAUCACAACAAUCUAUUAACGAUAUAAACAACGACCUUCAACCAAAUAUGGAAGAACGAAGGAAACAACGUGUUGAUAGGAAGUUGAUGCAAUUACAGGAAGAACAACAAUUAAAGGCAAUUGAACGUGGCAGAGCCUCUGCUGAUAUGGAAGGUAAUGAUGUGGAAAACAAUCGAGCUUUCGAAAUGCUGGAAUUUGCCAAUAAAUACUUUAAUUCUCACACUCGAGACUCUACUUAUGGUUCAUCUGUAAUGCGAACUUUAACCCGUCGUAAGAAAGUUGAGUCUGAUUACGAAGUAUUAAACAAAGGAGAGAUGUUAACAUGGAAUCCAAUGAAUAGCAUUCCAACCAGUCAUAUACAUAUGCAUGAUCCAGAAAACGCCAUUUUAGCUUGUACAUUGUUCAAAGAGAUUCAUAAAUAUCUUUCUCAAGAUUUAAAAAGUGAAUCAGAAAUCAAAUUAAUCCAAUCGAUUGUAGUUAAAGGUAUAGAAAGGGAGGAACUUCGUGAUGAGAUCUUCGUACAAUUGGUUCGUCAAUCGACUAACAAUCCAUCUCGAGAGGAAACUCUAAAAGCUUGGGUACUUCUUGGUCUAACAAGUGCCGCUUUCCAACCGGGUAAAAUUUUCUCUAAAUAUUUUUAUUCCUUUUUACGAAAAUAUCUUCGCAAAGAUGCCGCUAUUUCGUGUUAUGCUCAAUUUUGUUUGGAUAAUCUUCAUCCAAAGAAUUCGGUUCAAACUUCCCGUCGAAUGCCUCCUUCUAGUCUCGAGAUUAACGCUGUUAAAAGUUUAUCUUCUCUUGUUUGUCGAUUUCAUUUUCUUGAUGGUAGAGUAAAAGCUAUCGAUUUACACCCUUGUUAUACCGCUGCCGAUGCGAUGAUGCAUUUGGCAGGUAAAAUUGGACUCAAAAAUCUUGACGGUUGGGCCAUUUAUGAGCAAACUCCUGAAUACGAAAAGGUUAUUCGAAGCUUCGAUUACAUCGCCGACAUUUUAUCUCAAUGGGAAUCAAAUCAAAAGAAUUCAAUUUAUGGCUCUAAAUAUGGAAGUAUUGGAAAAGGUUCAUCGCUUUCUUCUAGAAGCGAUUAUCGAUUCGUUUUCAAGAAAAGAUUAAUUCGAAAUACUCGAGAAAUUCCUCAUGAUCCAGUUGAAGUUAAUCUAUUAUACGCUCAGGCUGUUCAUAGUGUCGUUAAGAAAGAUGAAUUCCCGGUCUCUGAACGGAUCGCAUUGCAAUUAGCUGGUCUACAAGCGCAAAUAUCAUUGGGCGAUUUUCAAGAGCGUCAAAGUAUCGAUAAAUAUGAAGACAUUGAUUAUUAUCUUUGCUCUAGAAUUCGUAAAGCAUAUCCCAAUCGAAGUAACAAAGAAUGGUCUGCAAAAAUAUUGGAAAGUCAUCAACGGUACGGUAAAGGUAAACCCGAUUUAAUUGCCAAAGUUUGGUACUUAUCGGUUGUCAUGCAAUAUCCAUUGUAUGGGGCAGCUUUGUUCCCGGUAUCAUACAAAGGUUACCUUUCCUAUGGACAUAAUUUAUUACUUGGUGUUAACAGUCAAGGUAUUUUACUUGUCAAUCCAACGGAAAAAUCAAUCAUGAAGGCUUAUCUUUACUCUAAUAUUGAAUCAAUGAGUGUUUAUCAGGGUCAAGAUAAUUUCAUCACAUUCCAAUUAUCAUCUAAAUUAUCUGAGACUCAUAAAUUUUUUACUUUUGAGACAAAACAAAAAGAUGAAAUUGCAGCUCUUGUCACCAGUUAUUGUCCAUCUUUAAGUUCCUGGUUAAGAAAAGGAGGUAAUUUCGUCCAUAAUAAUAAUAAUCGUCAAAUUGUGGAAACAAAGAACCAAAUUAACAGCUCCAAUACAAAUCAUGUUCCUACUCGUCGUUUGCUGAAAAUGUCCUUAGAAGAUCGUAUGAAAUAUCAUCAAGAAGUGAUGAAUAGUCGAAAGGUUCUUAUCGAUUCGGGUAUCCUUCGAAAAUCUAUUGAAGGUAACCUUGGUUUCGUUCGGAAUACAUUGAGAAAACUAAAUAAAGUUCGAAUGGACAAGAUUAAGAUGGAAUUUGGAGGUGAAUUCGAAGCUGAAUGUUUCAAACAUUAUCCACACUCUUUUUGGGCUUAUUCUAAAUCGACCCUUCAGAAUAGUAUUUUAGUCAUUUCAGAUCCUGAUCUGGAAUCGACAUCAAUUAACAACUUCAACGCGAUCCUUACAUAUUCUGGUCACUCGUUUGCUCAAGAUGCUUUAUCAUCAAGUAAUCUUCCUUCUGAGGAAGAGAAUGGUAAUCAACAAUCAAAUGAUGAAAAUGAAUGGCUUCGAGUAAAAGAGAAAGAUCAUAUUCGAUUAGCUCAAUCGAUAAUUGAUCGGUGUACCCGCAAAGAUGCAUCCGAUAUAUUUAAGAAUGAAUUUUUCCUUCAAUUGAUUAAACAAACAACUGAUCAUCCAGAUCCAAAUAGUAAAGUAAAUAUCCGCCAUUGGCAGUUAUUGGUGCUCGCCUGUAGUAUAACUUACCCAACCGAUAGACGGAUAUUAAGUUACUUACACGCUCACUUGCGGAAACGUUCAUUGGACGAAGUGACCGAGGAGGGAAAAUUUGCUCAAUUUGCAUUGAAAAAUCUUCAAGGAACUUUGGAAACAAGAGGACGAAAAAUAACUCCCUCUCGAUUGGAAAUUUUAAGUACAAUUGAAUGUCGACGUAUUUAUGCUCGAAUUCAUUUUCUCGAUGGCCAAUUCCAAGCAGUUGAAUUCGAUGCUUGUGCAACCAUAUCGGAAGUAAUUGAACAAAUACAAAUUAAAAUUGGUCUUCGACCCAAUUGUCCUGGUUACGCUCUUUACCAAAGUCUUGGUGGCACAAGUGAACAGGCCUUGCAACCCGAAGAAAAGGUCGGCGAUGCAAUCGCCUUCUGGGAACGUUGGCAUGAAGAUCAAGGGAAACUUAUUCCUCGCAAGACUCAACAUUUCUUCGUAUUUAAAAAACAUCUUUUCCUCGAUUCGUACAUUGAUCUGAAAGAUCCUGUAGAAAAAGAACUGCUCUUCCAUCAAGUUGUCCAUAAUAUAAGACACGAUCGUUUCCCAAUAACUGAACAAGAAGCUAUUAUGCUAUGUGCUCUCAAAGCUCAACUGGAAUUGGGUGAUUUCGAUGAUAAUCUUGCCGAUUAUCGUCAAAAUAUUCCCCGUUGUCUUCCACCUCGCCUUCUUUUACAAAUAUCUCCCGAAGCUGUUGUAACUCAACACCAAACAAUGAAAGGAAUGGAUGCAGAAACCGCUAAACAAUCAUUCUUUAAUCUAAUCCAGUCAUGGCCUCUUCACAGAGCGACCCUUUUUGAGGUCACUCAAACAUAUACCUCAUCAUGGCCUCGAAGUCUAUGGUUGGCCAUAGAUCAAACUGGAAUGCAUUUACUUGAACUGAAAACUAGGAAUGUAUUAACAAGCUGUGACUAUCUACACAUGGUUGAUUAUACUCCAUCAGCAAACAGUUUAAUGAUUGUUGCAAUGGGCAAAAAAUAUAUCUUCUUAACACAACAGGCCUUGCAAAUUGCUCAAAUAAUUCGUGACUACACCACAGUAAUCGCCAAAGAACGAGGUGUUGGUCGUCGUAAAUCCGUUGAGUUUGAUUUGGCACCUAAAUCACAGAAAUGUAAUCCACCUCUACCUCCUCCACGACCUUCGCUACAACAAAGGCAACAAAUUGUCGAGCAACAAAGUUUAUACGCAAAUCAUAAUCAAAAUCAGAAUAAUUAUACUACUUACACUUCGCAUCAGCAACUUCAACAACAACAACAGCAACACCAAAAUCUACUUCAAAUGCAUUUACAAGCACAAGGAUCAAAUAUUGUCCACCAACAUCAUCGUCCUAAUCAUCCCCAAUUUCACCCAAAUCCUCAAUUCCAACCAACCCAUCGUCGAUCUCGACCUUUGAGUAUACUCUAUAAACCACCUCCCGUAAUCAUGACGGAAGCUGAACAAGUUUAACCCGAAAUCCAGUUAAUGAGAAAACAAAAAAAUCUCUUCUGUUUUAUUGGAAAUAUUAUAAUAUUUAACGAAACAAAAACAAAAGCGAAAAGAAAAAAAAGAAAAGCAAAGAAAAAUUUCAUUAUCUUCUUGAUCUCUAAUCAUCAACCCAUAAGCAAUCUAAUUAAGAUGACCCUUUCUCCCUGAUCCUUGACCCUCAUUCAUAGCUUAGCUUUUAAUAUUGACUCAAUGUAACAAGUUUUGCUUUUAUAAAUACACUCACAAGAGUUGAUAAUCAAUUCUAGUUGAUUGGUUCAUAUUAUUGUUUCUAAUGUUUGUCACCUCGCAAGUCACUUACCUUUUAAAUGAUAAUAAGUGACAACAUCUGAAUGAACAUAGAUGAGCCUCUUUUCAUUGUCUUUUAGCCCUUUAAACAUUUUCUUGCUCAAGUUAAUCGUAUUUCUUUUGAUGGUCUGAUUGUCGUGAAAAAGUAAACAUAAUCACAAUCAUUUCCACCAUUGCAAUCAAAUGAUCAUCCAAAUUAUGUAAACUUUGUUGUGAAUGAUUAUCCAAUUAAACUUUUUCCUUAUGGAUCACGUUCAUCUUAA